AAGUUUAUUAUUAAUAAGAAAAAAACUUUAAUUAAAAAUAAUGCUUUUGGAAAAAAAAGGAGGGUUUUCAUGACAAACUUUAAUUAUAAAAGGGGAAGUUUGCAAUUGGGAAAACCUAAGGGAGGAAAUUAUAAUUAGAGUAAAACGACAAAGAGAGGCGCUUAUUUGAAUGGUGAGAGAGGUUUCUGGAGAUUGUUGAAUCAUUUCAGAGAAGACAGCGAUCUUGAUCCAUGGCUGUCUCUAGCUGCCCUAGGGUUUCCGCCGCCUUCGAGUGCCGUUCCGAACCAGACUUCUGCGGCGGACCUCAUCGCCCGGAAGCUUUUGCCUCUGGCGGCCGAUUCUCCGGCAAGGCAAGCUCGGUGCCGAGUCACCAAAUUUUCGGUGCCUCCGCUCUGUCUUCUUUGAUCUUCCGAUUCCCUCCGAACUUUGUGCGCCAGCUCAGCACCAAGGCUCGGAGGAACUGCAGCAACAUCGGCGUCGCGCAGGUCGUUGCGGCUUCUUGGUCAGCUGACUCGGCCGCCGCCGCCGCCGCCUCCGCCUCCGCCGCAGCCGCUGCGUCGGUGGAGGCGUCGGUGGAGGUUUCGGUGGUGGAGAGUAGUGGUAGUGAUGUACAGUAUGAGGAUUUGGCCGAUGAGAAGGCCUCAUUUUUGGGUUUUGAUGGGACCCUUACUAUUCAUGCUGGUGAAAGAUUAGGUCGCGGCAUAGUUACUGAUGCAAUUACUACCCCAGUGGUCAAUACUUCUGCUUACUUUUUCAAGAAAACUGCUGAGCUCAUUGAUUUCAAGGAGAAACGCCGGGCAAGUUUUGAAUAUGGGCGUUAUGGAAAUCCAACAACGGUGGUUCUGGAGGAGAAGAUAAGUGCACUUGAGGGGGCUGAAUCAACUGUGAUAAUGGCAUCUGGAAUGUGUGCUAGUACAGUUAUGUUGCUGGCAUUGGUUCCACCUGGUGGGCAUAUGGUGACAACCACAGAUUGUUAUAGGAGGACAAGGAUUUUUAUUGAAACCUUUCUGCCUAAAUUGGGGGUUGAGGUAACUGUCAUCGACCCUGCUGAUACGGAAGCUCUGAAAUCUGCACUGGAUAAGAACAAUGUUACACUUUUCUUCACUGAGUCUCCGACCAAUCCAUUUCUCAGAUGUGUUGACAUUGAGUUGGUUUCAGAGCUUUGCCACAGGAAGGGAGCACUAGUCUGCAUAGACAGUACUUUUGCAACACCUCUCAACCAGAAGACCCUUUCUCUUGGGGCUGAUCUCGUGCUGCAUUCUGCAACAAAAUAUAUUGCAGGACACAAUGAUGUAAUUGCAGGUUGCAUUAGUGGUUCUGAAAAGUUGGUUUCAACUAUUCGGAAUUUGCAUCAUGUUCUGGGUGGUGUUCUCAACCCGAAUGCCGCAUAUCUGAUCAUCCGAGGCAUGAAGACACUGCAUCUUCGUGUACAGCAACAAAAUUCAACAGCAUUGAGGAUGGCCAAGAUUUUAGAGGCCCAUCCUAAGGUGAAAUGCGUCUAUUAUCCAGGCUUGCCAAGUCACCCUGAACAUCAUAUUGCCAAGCGACAGAUGACUGGUUUUGGUGGAGUAGUCAGUUUUGAGGUUGAUGGAGACUUAACCACCACCAUCAAGUUUGUUGAUGCAUUGAAAAUCCCUUAUAUUGCCCCAUCCUUCGGAGGCUGUGAGAGCAUUGUUGAUCAGCCUGCGAUUAUGUCUUACUGGUAUUCCCCUUCAUUCCUCUCAUGUAGUAGCAUAAAUGAAUACCCCUGUUUGGCAUUGGUCUCACUGAAUAAUCACAAGACUUGCACAUUGGGUUUCACCUUGUCCUUGUUACUUGGUUCUGAUUCUUUUAAUUGAAUUGUUCGUGCUUUCCAAAACAGGGAUCUUAACCAGUCGGAGAGAGCUAAGUAUGGUAUCCAGGACAACUUGGUUCGGUUCAGCUUUGGAGUUGAAGACUUUGAAGACUUGAAGGCUGACAUACUCCAGGCUCUGGAGAGCAUAUAGGGCGCGGCACCUACAAGUUCUGACACCUUCUGUUUUCCUUAUUUUUAGUGUUCUGUUUUCCUUAUUUUUAGUGUUUUAAUAGCUGAAUGUUGUCUUCUUUCUUUUGUGGUGGAUCAUCAUGAAACGAAUUGAUCCCAUUAAUAACUCAAUGCUCCUUCAGGACGAUGUUUUUCUUUGUUGUGGUAUUGAAGCUUCCUAUUCUUGAACUUGAACGAUGGAAAAGCCUAAAUGAAAGAAAUAAAGAGGGAAAAUGAAGGUUUGGUUAGUA